AUGGUCAGACACGGCGUCGCACCCAUCCCGGGACUCACCAACACGUCGACACGGUAUAUGCCCUCCAACGACCAGCUCGUCUCGGGCAUCCACCAGCUCCUCGCCUCGGACCUCUUCCGAGACUCCACCGCGCAGGACCUCAGUCCGUCGGGCCGGUCCCUGCUGGUCACGCUCGAGCGUUCGCUGAAGCACGUGGCCGAGUUCCUCGAGCGCAAGAAUGAGUCGGACCAGAUUCAGGAUUUCAUCUGGUAUCUCUCCAAGUCGAGGCUCUCGGUGGACACCAAGGACCUCGGACGGCGGGCGACGAAAGCAAAGGCCAAGGCGGAUUUGACCGGAGCAUUCCAGAGUCUUCGGACAAUAUCUUCCCUGUUGAUGACCAACUCGGAAUUCAGGGGCCUGCUCUCCGACCUCGGCACCGAAGUCGGGCAAAAGAUUGCCCCUUCAGAAACCGAAGCCAACGCCGUCAAGGACCCCACCGUCGACUCUGCCGCUCCACCCACCACCGACGAUCUAAAAGCCGAAGUCAAGGACGUCACCGACGUCGUCGCCAACGGUGCCGCCAAGAUCGCCAACGAAGCCGGCUCCAGCCUCUCGGAACACGUCUCCGGACCCGAGCGAGACGCCUUCCUCAAGCGUCUCAAAGCCGCGGUGGGCCAACUACGCCAGAAGCCCGACUACACGGAAUCCGUCUCCGUCAUCACCCUCCUGCUCCGCCGCUUGCUCCACGUACCGCGCGCUGGCGAACCUCUGGGGUUCGUCGCCUCGUUUGGCGACAAGGCGCAGUGGGAUGCGCUGCGCGGGGCGUUCGCCAAGGUCAUGGAGCACGCGCAAAACGACCCCGAGUUCGAGCGGCACGCCGACGAGAUCGGGGACCAGGUGCAAAAGAUGCUCACGGAUCCCACCUUUUUCGACGACCCCGACGCGCGGUUUGCUCAGCUGCGCGACGAGUGCCGCGGGUUAACGUUUGAAUCGUCUCUCGGGGACGACCUCGAUGCCCUGCUGGCCAAGGCGAAGGAGGUGCUGUAUUCUAUCCCGUCGGACCCGGACAUCAAGAACCUCGAACACGACUCCAAGAGGAUCAUCGACAUCCUCUCCCCCGGAAAUCAAAAUGUGAACAAAGACCUCGUGACCGACUCCAUCAACGUCAUCGUUCCCGCCCUUAUUCAGGCCGUCCAGUAUAUACCCAUCCCCCGCCUCGAAGUAUCCAGCCCCCACCUCGACCUCCUCCUCGAAAACCUCAUCCUGGAACCGGGCAAGACUAUCAACAACUCAUCGUUCCUCCCCUAUCGCUUCAAGUUUAGCGCGCAAAACGACAUCGAGAUCCGCAAGGGCCGCGUCCGGACGACUUCCAACCUCGACACCUACGUCCGUCUUUCCUUCUCGGGGAUUUCGGUGGCCGCGAGCGACAUUGGAUAUUGGCUCCGCUGCCACUCCGGGCUCCUCCGAUUUACCACUGAGGGUAUUUCAUCGUUUCACAUCGACGAGCAGGGCAUCGACGUCGUCGUCGACUUGCAGAUCAACAAGGACCGCAUCGACGAGCUCGUUAGUCUCCGCCAAGUUCGCGUGCUCAUCCAUCAUUUCGACUACACUCUCGACCAGAGCAAGCUCUCCUUCUUCGCGUGGAUCGUCAAACCUUUCCUCCGACCGCUCAUCCGCAUGGCCAUCGAAGCCACCAUCGCCAUCGCCAUCAAGGAUGCCUGUCUCAAGCUCAACCGCGAACUCCUCUUCGCGAGGGAGAGGCUCCGCGCCACGCGCAUCGCUGCUCCCGAUGACCUGUGGACCUUUAUCCGCGCCGUGGCUGCGCGCUUGACGCCCAGGGCGGACCCCAACAUGUAUUCUCGCGUGGGAAUCGACGCUCCUGGACAGGGCGUGUUCAAGGGAAGGUAUGCGCCGGGCAGCUUGGCCAAGCUGUGGCAUGAGGAGGCGGAGAUGACUACGCAGAGGGUGGACGACUUUAGGCAGGACGGGUGGAGAAACCAAAUAUUUGAUAUCUGA